AUGUCUUUCUAUUCUUACGUUCGUCUUUUCCUUAAAUCUAUCCUUCCUUCCUUCCUUCCUUCCUUCCUUCCUUCCUUCCUUCCUUCCUUCCUUCCUUCCUUCCUUCCUUUCUUUUCCUUCCAUCUUUUCUUUCCCUUCCUUCCUUUCCCUUCCUUCCCCCUUCCUUCCUUCUUUCCUUCCUUCUUACUUCCUUCUUUCCUUCUUCCUUCAUUCCUUUCCCUUCCCUUCCUUCCUUCCUUCCUUUCCCUUCCUUCCUUUCCCUUCUUUCCCCCCUUCCUUCCUUCUUUCCCUACCCUUCCUUCCUUCCUUCCUUCCUUCCUUCCUUCUUUACUUCCUUCCUUUUUCCCUACCCUUCCUUCCUUCCUUCCUCCCUCCCUCCCUUCCUUAACACGAAAAUCCACCUUUUUCUUGCUUCUUUUCUUAAAUUUAUAUUUAUUUGCUUUACUCUUUCUUUGCUUCUUUCCUUCCUUUUAUCCAUCCUUACCUAAUUCCUCCCUUUCUUCCUUCUUUCCUUCUUCCUCCCUUCCUUCCUUCCUCCCUCCCUUCCUUCCUUCCUCCCUUCCUUCCUUCCUUCCUUCCUUCUUUCCUUCCUUCCUUCCUUCCUCUCCAUUCCCUUCCUUCCUUUCUUUCCCUUCCAUCUUUUCUUUCCCUUCCUUCCUUUCCCUUCCUUCCCCCUUCCUUCCUUCUUUCCUUCCUUCUUACUUCCUUCUUUCCUUCUUCCUUCAUUCCUUUCCCUUCCCUUCCCUUCCUUCCUUCCUUUCUUUUUCCCUUCCUUCCUUUCCCUUCUUUCCCCUUCCUUCCUUCUUUCCUUCCUUCCUUCUUUCCCUACCCUUCCUUCCUUCCUUCCUUCCUUAA